GGGCCACCACACAUAUAGCAAUCUAUUCCUCUCUCUUUUUUUCUCAUUUUUUUAUGAUGGAAACAUCCGCCUGAGCCUCCUCUUUCUGAGGAAAAAAUCACCUCCAAACUCCGACCGAGCAUCUUCCCCGGGCCGGUAGGCCUUAUCCGGUUUCUUCUUGCACCUCUCCAGUGAGCCAGUCACCGCCAGUCCACGCCAUGGCUUGUCGCGCCACUCUCCUGCCUCUCUUCCUCUUCCUCCUCGUGGCGCCCGAGCCUGCGCUCGCCACAUCCGGCACCAUCGUCUUCACCACGCUGGGCCGGAGCCGCUACGCCUUUGACGUCUUCGCGCUCACGAUCGCCCCGCUCUCCGCCGCCUCCGCGGAGCUGCGCCUCACGGACGGCGCCUCCGUCAACUACAACGGCAACUUCGCGCCCUCCUCCUCCGGACCGCCCUCCCUCCUCUUCGUCUCCGAGCGCAACGGCUCGCUCAACCUCUACCUCACCCCCGUCCCCACAUCCGCCUCCGCCCGUCGCCGCGACGCGCUGGAGGAGGAGGAGGAGGACUCGGCGCCGCCCACGCCGCUGCUCCCGUGGGACCCUAUCGCGCUCAAGGACCGGCCUUCGCUCACCCCCGACGGCGCCCACCUAGUGUACGUCUCCACGGCGGAGCCCGCGGGGGCGCCGCGCCGGAGCUGGGCGGCCGUGUACUCCACGAGCCUGGCCCCCGGCCGCGCCACGCGCCGCCUCACCCCGCGGGGAGUCGCCGACUUCAGCCCCGCCGUGUCGCCGUCCGGGGUCUGGACCGCCGCCGCGUCACCCGGCCCGCGCGGCUGGGCCGGCGAGGUGGAGGACCUCCGCACCGACAUCUACGUCUUCCGGACCUCCGACGGGUCGCGCCGGGCGCUGGCCGUCCCGGACGGCGGGUGGCCGACCUGGGCCGACGACACCACCGUCUUCUUCCACCGCCGGGACGCCGACGGCUGGUACGGCGUGUACCGCGCCAGGCUCACCUUCACGGACGACGACGUCGCGUCCGUCGUCGACCGGAUCACCCCGCCGGGUUUCCACGCGUUCACCCCCGCCGCGUCGCCCGGCGCGCCGGGGCUCGUGGCCGUGGCCACCAGGCGCCCGGGUUCCGACUACCGCCACAUCGAGGUCAUCGACUUGUCCGGCGGCGGCGGCGGCGCCAACAACAGGAGCGCCUACUACGAGGUGACCCGGCCCGUGGCCCCGCGCGCGCACCACUUCAACCCGUUCAUCUCGCCGGACGGCGAGCGCGUCGGGUACCACCGGUGCCGGGGCAGCGGGAACGGGGACUCGCCGCUGCUGCUGGAGAGCAUCAAGGGCCCCGCGCCGGACACGUUCUCGCUCUUCAGGAUCGACGGGUCGUUCCCCUCCUUCUCGCACGACGGCAAGAGGAUCGCCUUCGUCGGGCUGCCGGGGCUGUACGUGGUCAACUCCGACGGCUCCGGUGGCCGCCGCCGGGUCUUCUCGGGCAACGCGUUCCCGACGACAUGGGACUGGAAGAGGAAAGGGGUCAUCUACACCAGCGUCGGCCCAGACUUCGCGAGCGAGAGCACCGAGGUGGACGUGGUCGCCGUGUCGCUCGGCGACGGCGACGGCGACGACCCCAGCGUCUCCAUCAAGAAGCUCACCGUGGGCGGCGAGAACAACGCGUUCCCGUCCCCUUCGCCCGACGGCAAGUGGGUGGUGUUCCGGUCCGGGCGGUCCGGGCACAAGAACCUCUACAUCAUGGACGCGGAGGACGGCGAGGCCGGCGGCAUCCGGCGCCUCACCGAGGGUCCUUGGUCCGACACCAUGUGCAACUGGUCCCCCGACGGCGAGUGGAUCGCGUUCGCCUCGGACCGGCACAACCCGGGCGGCGGCAGCUUCGCCAUCUACAUGGUGCACCCGAACGGCACCGGCCUGCGGAGGGUGGUGCACAGCGCCGACGGCGGCCGCACCAACCACCCCUGGUUCAGCCCGGACUCGAAGACGCUGGUGUUCACGUCGGACUACGCCGCCGUGUCCGCGGAGCCCAUCUCCAACCCGCACCACUACCAGCCCUACGGGGAGAUCUUCACCGUAAACAUCGACGGGUCUGGCAUCCGCCGGCUCACGCACAACUCCUUCGAGGACGGGACGCCGUCGUGGACGCCGUACCACCUCAAGGCGGAGGACGUGGGCGAGACGCUGCAGGCCUCCGGGACGUGCGCGUUCGAGGACUGCCACUGGCUCAACAUCGCUGCCCGGCCUGAUGGCCUCAUGUGUGGCAAGCACGCCUAGUUAUAGUAUCUGUGGAAGAAAUGGGACUCACGUAUAUAUGUGUGUGUGUAUAUAGUGCGGUGAUGCCAUCUUGUUUGCUUGCAUAUGCAUACUACUGAACAUACGAUGAUGAAUAAGGUCAUGCCAACUUUAGGGCAAAAAAUAAACAUACUUAUGAUGACGCUUUACAUUUA